CUCCGGGACCCUCGGCCUUGAGGAGCAGCCUGUUUGUCCCCCGGGAAGAUGGCGAGGGGGAGCCACCGUCGCCUCCUGCUGCUACUGCUGCGCUACCUGGUGGUCGCCCUGGGCUAUCAUAAGGCCUAUGGACUUUCUGCCCCCAAAGACCAUGUAGUUACAGCAAUAGAGUAUCAAGAGGUUAUUUUAGCCUGCAAAUACCCAAAGAAGACACCCUCGUCUCGAUUAGAGUGGAAGAAACUUGGGCGGAGCGUCUCCUUUGUCUACUAUCAACAGGCCCUUCAAGGUGACUUUAAAGAUCGAGCUGAGAUGAUUGAUUUCAAUAUACGAAUCAAAAAUGUUACAAGAAAAGAUGCUGGGAAAUAUCGUUGUGAAGUUAGUGCGCCAUCCGAGCAAGGCCAGAACCUGGAUGAGGACACAGUCACUCUGGAAGUAUUAGUGGCUCCAGCAGUCCCAUCAUGUGAAGUGCCCAAGUCUGCUCUGAGUGGAACUGUAGUAGAGCUACGAUGUCAAGAUACAGAAGGCAAUCCAGCUCCUGAGUACACUUGGUUUAAGGAUGGUGUCCGUUUGCUUGAGAACUCCAAACUUGGCUCCCAAAGCUCCAACAGUUCAUACACGAUGAAUACAAAAUCCGGAACUUUGCAAUUUAACACUAUUUCAAAAAUGGACAGUGGUGAAUAUUCCUGUGAGGCCCGUAAUUCUGUUGGAUAUCGCAUGUGUCCUGGGAAGCGAAUGCAAGUAGAUGAUCUUAAUAUAAGUGGCAUCAUAGCAGCUGUAGUAGUUGUGGCCUUAGUGAUUUCCGUUUGUGGCCUUGGUGUAUGCUACGCUCAGAGGAAAGGCUACUUUUCAAAAGAAACUACCUUUCAGAAGAAUGAUUCUACAUCAAAAGCCACUACAGUGAGUGAAAAUGAUUUCAAGCAUACAAAGUCAUUUAUAAUUUAA